GACAUUACUAUAGCCUAUGUGAAAUGGGAUUUAACUAAUUUAGUAAAAGGGGACACAGGCUGCACACUGACUGCACAAAUUCAUACCUCAGUGGUUUGAGUUUACAUCUAGAGGGAAAAGAACCGCUGAAAAUAAACAAUACUUUCAUGGAAAAAUCAUGGACUAUCUCACUCUUGAUUUUUUUUUCUCCCAACCAGACGCCAUAUGCACGCCUUCACUAGUCGACCCACUUUUGACUGGACAGACUCCGCUGGCUCUAUCGUUAGUCUGUGUUCAUCACAGGGUUUGAAGAUCUUAAGUUCAUAACAAACUAGUUUACACUUGAUUUUAAGAGUAAUCGUCCAGCACACUCGGGUGAACAUGUAGAGAUGGAUUUUAUGAAGCUGUUUGGCACCGUUAUCGCCGUUUUGUUCCACCCUGGAUCCGCUUCUAAAAUAAAUGGCCAAAGGAUCUGUCGGCGCGGGACAGAGCGCCCAUGCUACAAGGUGUCCUACAUCCAGGACAGCAGGCGAAGGCUGACCUUUGAGGAUGCCAGGCAGGCCUGCAGGAUGGAUGGAGGCGACUUGCUCAGCAUUGAAACAGAAAGCGAGCAGCGACUGAUGGAGAGGUUUAUACAACAGCUGCAGGCUGGAGAUGGAAACUUCUGGAUCGGGCUCCGCCGCAGCCCACAGCGCUACAGGGCAGGGACCACAAGCCCAGGUUGCCCCUCGCAGUACUAUUGGCUGGAUGGAAGCAAGGCCAAGUUCAGGAACUGGCAUUGGGAUGAGCCAUCGUGUGGUGGUGAAAUGUGUGCGGUUCUGUACCACCAGCCCUCUGCACCACCCGACGAAGAAGGUCAUUUCCUGUUCCAGUGGAAUGAUGACAGCUGCAACUCCAAGAACAACUUUGUCUGCAAAUACCCAGAAGAAAAAGUACCAAUAUUUACUGAGGAAAGGAACACAGCACAUGCAGUUCCAUCUCUGAGGCCAAACUUAUUCUCAACUACAGAAAGUGAUGAGAGGAUAAAAAUAGGACUACCUGAGUCAUCAGUAUCUCUCUCAGACAACACCCUGUAUGUUUCCUACAUCCUUUAUGCAACUAUUCCUGCUCUACUGCUGCUACUGUUUGCAGCUGCUGGGUUCUUCUGUUACAAACAGCAUGCUAAGAGGAGGAAGACUGAAGCAGAAAGCUACCCCAGCAGAUCAAAACCGUGGACGUCAGCAACAGCAUCCCCUGGCGCAAUGCAAGGACCUUACGCCUUUAGUGACAUUACCAAACUGCCUCACACUGCUCUGGACAGCAGCAUGCCAGCAGACAUCAUGACAAAGUACUCCUGUGCUCCUUCCCAGGACUCCCAGUGUGACGAUUAUGAGAAUGUUUCAUGCACAGACAGGGAGAGUGGGUUUGUGACCAAUGACAUCUAUGAGACCUGCAAAGCUCAAAGCCGCCGCUGCCGCAGUCAAACUGGUUGGGUAGAAAAUGAGAUCUAUGGAUAACACUGUUGAUGCCCAUCUGUUCUCUGUGAGUGUCCGUCAGCCUCAUAGCAGCUAACGAAUAUGACCCAGCUAGACAGAAGAACAAAGUAAUCUCCAUCCCUUUCUUCCUGUACACCUGACCGGUUAUUUGCGUGGUGCAGGAUUACAAACCCCGUGGCCGCGUCGGCCUGGACUUAGGUUAUUUAAACAUAGAUCUAUCUCCUGUGUGUAUCUCCAGUGCUGCAUCCUCAGCAUCCAGCAUCCAAAGUUGCAAGUCAGAUUAAUGCUUAUAGCAGGGUUUCCCAAAGUUUUGUCAACUGUGACUCAAUAUUUAGGCCCUGAACUUGAACCCCACCAGCAGAGAGUUCUCAAAUCAUCAAUCAAAUUGUGAAUCUGAGCAUGACGUACCUUUGGAUUCAAGAGUAAUAAAUGGGUUGUCUAAAAAUGAUAAUAUAUUUUAAAUAAAUUGUAUUAUUAAACAAGACUAAGAGUCUACAGCCAUGCUAGCGGCUCUGUGACUUUAUGCUUGGGCACAGCGCUGAGCUAAAUGUGUAAGCAUGCUAACAUGGUCACAAAGGCCAAUGCUAACAUGCUAAUGUUUAACAGUCAUAAUGUAUACCAUGUUCACCAUCUUAGUUUGGUGUGUAAGCAUGCUAAAAUGCUAAUUAGCACUAAACACAAAGUACAGCUAAGGCUGCUGGGAAUGUCAUUAGUUUUCUAAGUAUUUGGUUAUAAACCAAUGUAUUAAAUAGAUGAAAAGUUAGGGGGAUCAUCAAAGUUAUCAUAAUCCUGAGGGGGACAUGAUGGUAGUCCAUCCAAUAGUUGUUGAGACCCUUUACUCAAAACCACAAAUGUCAACCGUAUGGUGGCGGCAGCGCUAAUGUCAUCGAGAUACAUCAUCUAGACAAAAUCUCUCUCUCUCUCUCUGACAAAUUGUGUAACUUCACAGCAGCGCUAAGGCAUUGGUUUCAAAGAGGCAUCAAUGAACUCAAGUAAGCAGCAAUGAGUCAGAUCAGUUUAGCGGUGCGACAGUGCUGCUAUAUUUGGCAUGGUGGAUGCACAUUUAACCCUGUGUAUAAGUGCAAGUUUUGAGGACUCACGCAAGGUUACUCAUGUUGUAAACAAUCCAAAAUUAAACUACUCAGCCGUUUUCCAAUCACGUCACAAGAGACACAAAGACAAAAAGAUCCUGUAGGCUCUCUACGGCAGUGAAGUUGUCCUAUUCAGGGAGUAUUCUGACCUUUUCUCUAAAUCUUUGGAGUGGUGUUAGCCCUGUGUAAGGCUUCCUGUUUGGACUCUGAUGUCAGGGAACAGGACAGUACAAGUGGAAACACUGAUGACAGAACUCUGCUGACCCCAGUAAACCUCAAAACUGUGGGCUUUCCCAACUCCACCUGACUGAACCGUCCCACUGAUCUGACAGUACAGACUUUUUUAGGACCAGUUUGGAAUAUGUCAUGGACUCAUUCAUCAGUGUUUGCUUGUAAAAACAUGUGCCUGCCGUGUAAUAGUAAAUAUAAAAUCAUGAAUAUACAUUACUGAACACAAAUGCCUGUGUUAUUUCUAAGUGUGUACUGAGUGGGCUGUUGGGUCGGUGUCAACAUCUUUCGGUGGAAAGAUGUAGCAAGCGCAGUAAGGAGAGGCUGAGUGUGUUCUUGGAGAAUGUUAGACAGGAAAUGCCAAAAGCACAUCUGGAACUCUUACAUUCAGGAAGUCUAUGCGUGACAGCGGAGAGGCCUUCGGAGCGCUGCUCUGUCUGCCCGCUCAGUAAUCCACUGUUCUGUGUUAGACUGUCACUGCAUGAGCUGAAGAGAACAACUGCUGGGAGUGAGUGUGUGCCAUAUUUUAAGCACAACGUGAGUUUUGGGUGUCAAAUAAAGUUUGGUUACAAGA